AUGGCAAAAUCUACGCAAACAUACAGCAAGCACUUCAUCCCACUCGAGUCGAGCCCAGAAAUAUUCACAGAACUUGCGCACAAUCUAGGGCUACCUGCGUCGUUAGAGUUUCACGAUGUUCUUUCCCUGGAUGAUCCAGAGUUACUUGGAAUGCUGCCACGACCGGUAUAUGGGCUGAUUCUGAUACUUCCGACGACAGAGGCGUACGAAAAACGAGUCAAGGAUGAGGAUACCAAGCUGGAGAGUUUGCAAGGCACCAAGCAAAUCGAGGAUGUGGUGUUUUUCAGACAGACGAUUAACAAUGCAUAUGAACUGGCUAGAGCGCUGGAGAAUAGCAAGGAGCUGGAGAAGGCAUAUGCUGACGCAGCUAUCCAGGGCGAUACGGAUGCGCCAGUCAAUGCUGAAGACGAGGUGGAUUAUCACUAUGUUGCUUUUGUGCAGUCAUCCAAGAGUGGACAUCUCUACCAACUCGAUGGAGACCGGAAACGUCCCAUUGAUCUUGGGACACUGGAAACCGAUGAAGAUGUUCUUGGAAGCAAGUGUCUUGAUGUCAUUCGGAACAUGGUAGCAUUUGAAAACAACAAUGUCAACUUUAGCUUAAUGGCCCUGGUUGAAGGCGCACGAUUGUAG